CUGCUGUUUGAGUUUGUCGGAAUUUCUUUUUAUAAAUUAAUAAUAACUCUAUCCAUCCUGAAGGACAUAAAAUAGAAAAUUAAACUAUAUAAAAAUGAUUUUUCUUCUGCUUUUAACUCUAAAUUCCUUCUCCGAUCUCGUAUGGGCUACAGCAUCGUAUGAUAAUAUAGGACCAACAUUCAGUUUAGAACCACCAACGCGAUUUGAUUUCACAAACACACUCGGUUCACGUCUUGACUGCUCAGCGAGUGGAAUACCGACACCAAAUAUUGAAUGGUUCGAUAACGAAAAUAAUCCCGUCAAUUCUAUUGCAAAUAUUCGUCACAUAUUUCCAAAUGGAUCAAUUUACUUUCCACCAUUUCAAGGCGAGAGUUUUCGUCAAGAUGUUCAUUGGUCGACGUACAAAUGUGUAGCUGUAAAUUCUGUAGGUACAAUAGUCUCGAGAGAUGUUUUUGUUAAAGCAGUUAUUCAUCAACGUUACGAUUUAGAAGUACAAAAUCCUGGUGGAUUUAUAGGGAGCAAUGUUAUCAUAAAGUGCAUUAUUCCCCAAUUUGUAAAAGACUAUGUUCGUGUGACAUCGUGGCUUGAAGAGCCUUUGUAUAAUAUAUAUCCAACGCUGGAAGGGGAUUCGAAAUUCCACAUGCUUCCAACCGGUGAAUUAGUCGUUAUAAACGUCACACAGUAUGAUGCACAAAAAGCAUUUCGAUGUCGAACGCUCCACUCACUUACACAGGAUGUAGUGAUAAGCAAUAGCGUCGGACGAAUUCAAUUGACUGAAAUGAAAGAACCAGUACCACCCAUAAUGAACGAUAAAAUUAAGUAUAUUACAGUUCGACUAAAAGAGUCCGUUGUCAUUCCAUGUGUUGCUUAUGCGAACCCAAAACCAAUUUAUAGAUGGUAUUAUCGUAACAAACAUGGACGAAAUGAAUCAAUAGAGCACAUAGUAAUGACAACAUCAGGACGAUAUAAAGUAAAAGAGAGUCGAUUGAUUAUUCAGUCAAUUGAGCAGUCAGACAAUGCAAUUUUUUACUGUAUUGCCACCAAUGAACAAGGUAGUGAGACGUUGGAGAUACAAUUGAAAAUUGUAGCACCUCUUCAAGCGCACAUUCAACCGCAACGUCAGACAGUCGAUGUUGGAAAAAGUGCUGACUUAAAAUGCAUGAUAAGUGGAAUGCCGCAAGCAAACAUUUGGUGGAUAAAAGAUGGACAGCCAUUACGUACAGGUUCAAGAGUACGCAUAAUAAGUAAAGAUCAAAUUCACAUCACAUCCAUAUCAAAAGAUGACCAAGGGAUGUUUCAAUGUUUUGUGAAAAAUGAUGUUGACAUGGCACAAGGCGUUGCUGAAAUCAGUUUAGGCGAAAUUGCUCCAAUUUUACAUUAUCGAUUUAUUGAGCAGACGCUUCAGCCCGGUCCGGGUGUUUCAUUAAAAUGUACAGGGACGGGAAGUCCAACGCCCCAAAUAUCGUGGACACUCGAUGGCUUUCCACUGCCAAAUAAUGAUCGAUUGAUGAUAGGACAAUAUGUAACGUUAUCUGGUGACGUUGUAAGCCAUGUCAAUAUCACAAAUGUAAAGGCUGAAGAUGGUGGAGAAUAUUCAUGCAUUGCACGUUCACGAGCUGGACAGAGUAGUCAUUCAGCCAGAUUAAAUAUUUAUGGGACACCAUUUGUUCGUUCAAUGCCUGCAAUAUCAGCAGUAGCUGGAAAGACAUUACAAAUUAAGUGUCCUGUGGCUGGAUGGCCAAUUGAUAAAAUUAUAUGGGAAAAAAUUCCACCAAAGAUAUCACAUUUUGAAUUCUCGAAGGAGUUAAAUGUUGGAGACAGAACGAGUAUACAAUGUGUUGCAGGAACUGGAGAUCUGCCAUUAGUAUUCACCUGGCUUAAAGAUAAUGUGCCCAUAAAACAAUCAGGAGCAGGAGGUGCGAAUGACAAUAUUAAUGGAGAUUCACGUUACAAUAACGAUAAACGUCUUAAUAAUAAGGACGGUACUGACGACAAUAAUUCUAUAAUGAUAAGACAAAAUGACGAGUUUACUAGUGCAUUAAGUAUAAUCAGUAUUCGGCAGUCUCAUGCUGGUCAAUAUACGUGUCGGGUCCAGAAUGAUGCGGCAGUCGUUCAAUACGCUGCUGUACUAAAAGUCAAUGUUCCUCCUCGUAUUACACCAUUCAAUUUUGGUGAUGACAUUCAAGAAGGCAUGAGGGUUCAAACAAUGUGUACGAGUACUCAAGGAGAUCAACCUUUCAAUAUAACGUGGUAUCGAGAUGGAAAAUCACUUAGGGUUGGAGAACAAAUCGAUCCGAUAUCAUCAUCAUCAUCUUCGUCAUCGUCAUCUUUUGCUACUUUUAACUCAAUCCAUCGACAACAAUUUGAUGAAAGAACAAUUGAAAUCAAUACCAUACAAGCUCUUUCAAGUAUUCUUACGAUUCAUAACAUAACGUCACAGCAUAAUGGAAAUUAUACAUGUCAGAUAUCAAAUACAGCUGGAAGUGUCGAUUAUACUGCUGUAUUAUCAGUAUCUGUUCCACCACGAUGGAUAGUUGAACCAAAAGAUGAAAGUGCAAUUUUAGGAACUUCACUGUCAAUUACAUGUAGUGCUGAAGGUUUCCCAAAUCCUGUACUUCAAUGGAAGCAGUCGCUGGGCGAACAGUCAGGCGAUUAUCGGGAAUUAACAUACAGUGAUGCUUCAUCGGGUAUUGAAAGUUAUAGCAACGGUACGUUGAUGAUUCAUAAUGUAUCAAGAGAGCAUGAAGGAUUCUUUCUUUGUCAAGCGCACAAUGGAAUUGGAGCAGGAUUGAGUAAAUUAAUACGAUUGACAGUUCACGUCGGACCGCAUGUUAUAGUACGUAGUAAACAAGUAUCGGUGCGUAGGGGUGAAAGGAUUACAUUACGAUGUGAAGCAGAUGGCGACAAGCCAUUAGACAUCACAUGGAGAUUUAAGAAUGGUCAAAUUAUUGGAAAAUCAUAUGAUGUUCGUUACGAGAUUAAAAAGAAUGACAUGUCAAAAGGAGCUAUAUCGGAACUAACAUUAUUACAAACAGUACUGUCAGAUCGUGGAGAAUAUACCUGUGUAGCAUCAAAUCAAUUUGGGCAUGACCAUCAAGUUAUUCAUUUACAAGUUCAGGAACCACCAAGUGCACCACAAAAUAUUCAUGUGAAGGAAAUCGGAAGUCGUUCUGUGACAUUAAUGUGGAAUAAUGCAGAUAAAUAUGAAACAGUUGGCUAUGCAGAAUCACAGCCUGUAACACGAUACAUUUUGCAGCAUAAAGAGAGUCAAGAGGCAUGGCAAGAGUAUAACCAAAAAGUAAUUAGUGGAGAUAAGAAUUCAGCACAUAUUGGAAAUUUAAAACCCUCAACAAGCUAUCAUUUCAGAUUAUUUGCUGAAAAUGAUUUAGGCAUGAGUUUGGCAAGUGAAGCUUUACAUAUACAAACUGACCCAGAAAAUCCCGGUGGUCCACCUCUAAAAGUUAAUGUCGAAGCAAUUGGAUCAACACAGCUUUUAGUGACAUGGCGACCGCCUGAACGUGAUGUAUGGAAUGGAGAAAUUUUAGGAUAUGCAAUUGGUUUCCAUAAAUCUGAGAGCAUAGAUCAAUCGUAUAAUUAUAGUCGAAUGGGAACAUCGGGCGUUGACGGAAUUCAUGAAUUUCGGUUGACAGGUUUGGAUAAAUAUACAUCGUACAAUGUAAAUGUAUUAGCAUUCAAUGCCAAAGGCGAUGGUCCACCAUCAAAAGCAAUUAAAAUACAAACACUUGAAGAUGUGCCAAGUGCACCUCCCCAAAAAGUUCACUGUUCAGGUUUAACAGCACAAAAUAUUCAAAUUAAUUGGCAACCGCCUCCAGCAAAGCAUAUUCAUGGUGAGAUUCAAGGCUAUAAAGUAUUAUACGAGCCGAGUAAUAUCCUUAAUGAGUAUACAAAUCGUGAGACAAAAGUUACGACUUCUCUCAGUACAGUGUUGCAUGGCCUUCAGCCAUUUACAAAUUAUUCUGUACAGUUGCAAGCAUUCACUCGUGCAGGCGAGGGUGUUGGUAGCUCACAAUUAAUUUGUCGAACCGAGGAAUCAACACCGGAUGCUCCUGAAAAAAUCAAAGCUUUAACAACAGGCGAGAAUUCUGUAAUAAUAAGCUGGUUACCACCACGACGUCCCAAUGGAGUUCUAUCUCUAUUUACAAUUUUUAUACGCGUGCUUGAAAAAGGACAGGAACAAAAAAUUCUAAAAUAUACAUUGCCAGCACAAAAUCAUCACUAUGAAGCAAAAAAUCUUAAUUCACGAGAGAGUUAUGAGGCAUGGGUUACAGCAUCAACAAAAUUGGGUUCCGGACCAUCAACUACAGUUGUGAAACUUUAUCCAUCGUCACAAGUUCUUCCACAAAUUGUUAGUUUUGGACAGAUUGUAACAGUUGCAUGGAAAGUUGAUGUAAAAUUGGCAUGUAUCUAUGUAGGAAAACCGAUGCCAUCGGCUGAUUGGAAUGUUGAAAAUGAACGCGCAAAACAACAUCGUUUAGAAAUUGGUGAAGACAAUACGCUUACAUUACGAAAUGUCCAGAGAAUACAUGAAAGCAAUUAUACGUGCAAUGUUCGUAACCCAUCGGGUGCUGAUAAAAUUACAUAUCAAUUGUUUGUACAAGUUCCACCAGGAGGACCAAAAUUACAAGGCUCAGCAAAUUCCCCGACAUCAGCAACAUUGCAUUGGAAUUUAUUCGAUACAGGCGGAUCACCAAUUAAAAACUAUUUGCUGACGUACCGUCGACAUUUUGGUGAAUGGCAUGAGAUUAUAAUUGAUAGACGAAGUAAUUCCUAUACACUCGAUAAUCUUCAAUGUGGAACGGAAUAUGAAUUUACAAUAGCUGCUCUCAAUAAAAUUGGAAGCGGAAGUGCAAGUGAUACUUUAACAAUAAAAACUGUCGGUGAAAAACCCGUCGCUCCACAUAUUGAUAAAUUCCUCAAAGUGAAUAUAACUUCGGUGAUGCUUGAACUUAUCGAAUGGCAAAAUGGUGGAUGUCCAAUAUUAUAUUUUACUAUUGAGUAUAAGAAACGUUAUUCGAACGAUUGGAUUAUUGUUUCUAGUAAUGUUGCAUCACAAGCACGCUUUCCAAUUGGAGAUCUGGAGCCAUCGAAUGUAUACAACUUGAGAAUACAAGCACACAAUAAUGCUGGUAACACUGUAGCUGAAUAUACAUUUGAAACAUUCAAUAUUGCCGGAGUUCCAAUGAACUCGAUUGAAAUUGCAAAUGGCAUGGAGUACGAGUCUAACGAUUUAUUCUUCAGCGAUUCACAUAUCCUUACAGUCUCAAUCAUAUCACUUUUUGCCAUCAUCUUGGCGUUAUUGGGAUUGUGUUUCUUCUUGAAAUUAUAUGGAAGAGAUAUUUUUGAGCAUGAUACGUCACGCCAACAGCAGCUUACAACGACAUAUCAACAUGGAAAGAACACAAAACUCUCCAUUUCAGAGCAUCGAGAACAGUAUUAUCAGACAGUAAGGAAACCAUCGUCACCUGGUCUUGAUAGUGCACUUGAAAGAAUACCGGAAUAUUCAGAUGAUAUCUAUCCGUAUGCGACAUUUCAUUUAAAGGAUCAAGAGAAAAGAGAUAACGCAAGUAGACAGCAAGCAGCACAGGGAAUGAUUUAUGAUUCGAGAGAAGCAAUGCAUUUAUCAAAGAAGCACAGGACGUCAAGUAGUGUAGGUGGGAUGACUGCUAUAGGCACUGGUCCACGAUCAAGAAAAAAGUCGAAAAAAUUUAAUACAGAAUCAGAAGAAUAUGAUAGUCUAAAUUCAGAUAGUGAUACUGUAAGCCGGGAGCUUGAUGCGACAAGCCGAACGGAAUCAUCAAAUUGCCUCGAUGAUACAGGACCUGUUAAUUUUACUGGUCGCACUUCAUUCAGCCCUGGGCCACGAAAGGAACGAUUAGCACUUCUUCAACGAGCACCCGUACAUCACAGUAAAUGCCCAAUGCAACAACAAAAUCGACUCAAAUGUGUCGCCGGUAGAGAAACAACAAACUUCUGAAAUUAGAAACUUUGGUGAUAAUGGAAAAUUGCAAAUAAGCGGUCGUCAUAGUAUUGAUUUAUCGGAAUCACCAACAAAAUUACUGAUAAAGUCACGUAAUAAUCCGAAAUCUCAUUAUGGUGAAUUUGGUGGUAAUGGAAAAUAUAAUGGAAACGACAGAUCACCAAAUAGUCAUAAUAGCAGUAAUAGCAAUCAUUCAUCAAAAAAAUCAUCGCUAGUAAAUGGAAAUAAAUUUUAUGGUGAUUUUCUCACCUUAACACCACGUCGUAAUAAAAUGAAUGAAUAUUUGCAAUAUCAGCAACAAUCACAUGAGCCAUAUGAUCAUAUGGCUGGACGAAAACAGCAACAGCAACAACAUUUUUAUCAGAAUAAUACUAAUGACAAUGAUAUCGACCAUGCAGAACAUAGCUAUUUAAAUUCACUUGAUACACUUAAGCUCGAUGAGGAUCACAAUAUUUUACAUUCAAAAUUAUUUUAUCAGAACGAUAGUGGCAGUGGUAAUGAAUAUGUUAUAGCAAAUAGUAAUCAGCAGAAGAAGCAGCAUGUUAUAACAACGACAAUUCCUAAUAAUAUUGUCACACCACCAAAUCAAUUUAAUGACUCAAACAUCAAUCGAUUUAUUAAACUUUAAUGAAGAAACGUAAAAAGGAAGCCAAAGAAAAAGAAGAGGAAGAAAAGAUUUUUCAUUUAAUUUCCAAGGUUUUCGCUAUAAAUGUUUAUACAUGAAUAGAAUAGUUUAUUUAAUUAUUGACAUCAACGACUAAUUAACUCAGAAAAAAAAAAUAAUCUUGAAAAUCAACAAAAAUUAAAUAAAUAAUUGGAUUCUCAAGAUAAAUAUCCUUAAGGAAUGUAAAUUUCAUUUGGUACCUUGUAAAAGUAUGGACAUUAUUGGGAUGAAGAUUUUUCUAGGAAUAGUCAGGUUGAUAGUAGGAAGCUAAGUUCUCAGGAUGCUUCCUGAGCAUUUAAUUAUGUAGUUAAAAGGUAUUAAAUUUAACACGAGUAGCAUUUUAUAGGCAAAAUUAUCAAUCUCCAUGCUGAAUUCAAAUAAAUAUUUAGCUGCGAAUGGCUAUCUUACUGGGGACUUGCUACCGAUCUAAUCACAAUUUUGUAUCCACACGCGGAUGUUCUUAAAUUUUUUUGAAUUUUUGAGCAGAGCAGUUGUUCCUUCAUACUUAAUAUCAAUAAAAAAUUUAUCAAUAUUGUUCCUUAAGUAUAGUUUCUGAUUGCUGUUGUGUCUGAGCAAAGUUAAAUCUGAGGAAUUGAGUCAUAUGUAGUAGAUUCUGCCAGUGCGAGAUUAAAGCCUCUGUGGUCGAGUGGUUAGAAAACAAACGUUAUAUUCGUGAGAACGUAGGUUCGAUUCCCAUCAUAGAUAUAUAAUAUAAUGUGUGAAGGGCCCAGCCUUUCAGCUGGAGGCACUGCGAUUCAAAUUAGAACAGAAUCUAUUGUACCACACCCUUUAGACCUACAGUUUAUAGUGGGAUCCGAACCACUUACAAGCUCUGUACAUUGCAAAGACACGAAUACGUCAUAAGACCUGAUGUACCCUGCAAUGAACCUAGUCACAAUUCGUGUGCGCAAAAUGCCGUAAGGAAGUCAUCCAGAUGCUAGUAUAUCCUUGUAUACCUAGCAACGGAGUCAGAUUCUGUGCCAAAGACCUCAAAACUACACCCAUUACACGAACCAAACCUCUCAAGCCAUUAAAUUGAGAACACUGAUUAUGGCAAGGAACAGUCGUCUUUUUGACAAGCAUUUUGUGAGUAGCUUUACAGUUUAUAACUGAAUCCGAAGCUUCACUGUCUUAGUUAACUUGGAAAGGAUCCAUAGUAUUUUGAUCAUCAGAUAUCAAAUCUGAUUCAGAAGUCUCGAACCUACAACCAUUAUUAUAAUCUCGAACCAUUUGCAAUCAUUAGAACUUUUCAAGAGGUAGAUUCACUAGUCCACCUAGUGACUUUAUCCCACUCAUGUCUAUACUAUUGUUAAAGAAUCGAAAUAAAUAAUGUAAAAGUUUACUUCUUCUACAUGAAGGAAUUUAAUUAAAGAAUCAAAUUGAACAUGAUGCACAAUUGUCUGUUUUUUAUUCAAGAGACGAAUGUUGUUUCUAAUUUAAAUGUAUAAUCAAAACAACAAUAGCAGAUCCGUUCUGAUAAAUUAAAAGAAAAUAAUUAGAAAUCAAUCUAAUUUUGAGAAUUCAAAUGAAUCACAACAGCACCCCAACCCACCCACUCGAUUGAAAAACAUUUUUUUUUCCUUUCAAUUUCAUAUCAAUUUUCAAAAUGAAAUAUGUGGGAGAUAAACCAUAAACACAUAAAUCUAAGAAUUGACUAUAUUCAAUUUCGACCACAAAAUCACAUCAAAAUAACCACAAUAAUCCGAUCAUUUAGAAGAUGUCUAAUUAAUAAGAAAUCGACAGCAACAAAAACAACAAUAACAUAUCCAAUUUUCAUAUUAUUAUAAUGAUAUCGAAAUCAUAUUACAAAGAGAUAAAGACGCAUGUCAAUCAAAAAGGAUAUCACAUUAAAAAUGUUGUUUAAAACAUCAUCUAGACUAUUUUCAUUAAUUUAAUUCAACUUUUAUACAAAUAAAUACAAAUUAAUUAAAUUAUAUUAAAUGGGGGUCAUUCACUUAUGACGUCUGACAGGGGUGUAGCUAGAAAUAUUUUCGAGGAUGAGGGAUUUGAUGUCGAUGUCAAAGUCAUAUGUAGGCAAAUCUGUCAGAGGUAAUGCAAGCUUCUUAUGGCUGAUUGGUUAAGCAUCAUAAAUAAGUAAAUAUUUUCUUUGUGAGGACUUAGGUUCGAUUCUCAAGUAUUUAUAUAGAGUGUUGUCGAUAUUACAAGCUAAUGACAUCACAAGAGAUUCGAACUGAAACUGCAUAUCCCUACUUGCUACACUCUUAACAUUCAGUAAUAAGAGAUUAGAUAUUAUCUUGCAGAUCUAUCAUUAAACGUCAAUAAUUGACCCACAAAAAAGAUGACGAUGAAUUUUCCAAAACAAAAAGUAAACGAUUUUUAUAUCCAAAAAUUACACAAUUGUUUGUGAGACGAACAUAAUCAUGAUGUUCAGAAAUCAUGAUAAAAAAGUAUAAAGACUCUGAAAAUUAUUAUUAAUAGGUAAAUGAUAAAGCACGUUACAAUGUAGGUGUCAAAUAUAUUUAUUAUUAUUAUAGAAUUUAAUAUGUGGAAUGCUAUAGAUGAUGUAAUAAUAAUACUAAGGAAUGAUUAUUAUGAUGAUAAUGAUGAUGAUGGAUAAUAAUGAAUAAGAAAUGUUGCUAGAUUGUGAAUAUUUACAAUUUACAUAUUAAAUGAUGUUGAAAAUUACUUUUUAAUUUAGUUUUAUUUUAUAAAGCUCAUUGAUAUACAUACAAAACAUGCAUAAACACAUAUAUUUACUUAAUUCUAGCUAAUUAUUGGUGAUUUUUGUGUACAAAAAUAUUUUAAACAUUAAACGGAUUUUUCAAAUUUGAACUAAGUUUGUAAAAGUUCAAAUUUGAAAAGUUUGUUAAAAAUAAGUUUUCGCAGGUCUAUCUGCAUUUCCCAUGAAACUUUAAUUAUUUAAGUAUUAAUAUAAAUUGGUUUUGUUUAUUUAAGUCAAGCAUAACUGGAUGAAUUUAAUUUCAAUAAAAAAUAACUUUGUUCAUGAAUUUUUUGCGAUGAGAAUUCAUAAGAACCAUGGCAUUAAAUAUUCACAAAUCAUCUCGAAGAAUGCUUGAUGGCAAAGUUUUAUAGCUCCCUCGUGAAUAUCCUUUAAAAGAUGUUAAUCCUUUUUAUCCUUUUUCAAUUUUACCUUAACUGAGAUGAAUAAAAGAGGGAGAGUAUUGAUAAUUCUUUAGGUGUGAGGUUCCCUUAUCGGAAACUUUGAAUAAUUUAUAGGAUCUUAAAAGUUAAGGAGGAAAAAUCACCAACAUUAAAAAAAACUUUCAAUAGCUUUUCGUGGAAAACUUAAAAGUUUUUCUUAUUUGUCAAAACAACGACCUUUUUGUCUGCUAAAGGAACCACUUAAAGCAUCACAUUCUGAGCUGUGACAUGAAAUUCUCAAGGUGGUACGAAAUAUCUUGACGAUAAGUAUUAUGGCUUUUCCAUUGAAUUUAUUCUCAAUAAUUCAUGAAGAUCAAUUUAUGUACAAUCCAAUUUUGAAAACUUCACAUCCGCUUCAUGUUUUCCUUACUUAAGAUUUACAUAGACAAUUUAUAAAGAUUGUUUUGCUUAAAUCAUUUUCGACAAUUUAAAUGGAAUUUUCGUAUUUUUUCGGAAAUACUCUUCUUUGUUUAUCUCUCAGAAGUUACAAAUGCUCUUAAAAAAUUCAACGACACAAUUUGAUAAAGUUUUGUUUUCUUAAAUUGUUGAUUAUUUUUGAGAUUUUUUUAAUUUUCAAUAUCAUGUAAAGCUUCAGGCUUCGUUAGAGCUACAAAACAUUUCAGCUUUGUUGUGCAUCUGAAGUAGAAAACAUCCGAUUAUUUACAUUGAAGUUAAUUAGUUGAAAGUAAUCAACAAAUUGAGUGUAAACAUAAAAUCCAAGAAUUGUUUUAUUUUCUAGCAGCAACUGAGAAUAAAAUUUGAUUGAAUAGAAUCAUGAGUAUGGAACUAAGAAAUCGGAUUUUUAUCAUUUUUGAUCAUUUUGAUUAUUUUAACAUCCUUAAAUGAAAAUAUUUUGUUUGAAAAGUUAAUAAAUUUGGUUUCGAAAUUAUUGAAAGUUUGAUAAACUUUUCAAAAGUUCAGAAAUAGUCAAAUCUACUUGAACUUAUAUACAACAAUAAGUCAAAAUCCUUCAGAAUUCUGGAAAAAACAAUUAAUACCGCCAAUAUUGUUCAAAA